AUGGAAUGUGGGAAUGGCAGCAGGCAGGACAGGCUGGACUGGCGGCUGCUCGCCAUGAAACAUGAGAACGAGGCGCUGUGGCGGGAGGUGGCCGGCCUGCGCCAGAAGCACGCCCAGCAGCAGAAGGUCGUCAACAAGCUGAUCCAGUUCCUGAUCUCCCUGGUGCAAUCCAACCGCAUCCUGGGCGUCAAGAGGAAAAUGGCGGCGGCGCCGGCGCUGUCGGGCCCGGCGCUGUUCCCGGCGGAUCCCGGCGCCGCCUCCGGCCCCAUCAUCUCGGACGUCACCGAGCUGAACCCCGGCAGCCCCCGCGGCUCGCCCGCGCGGAGCCGCGACGGAAGGAGCAGCCCGGCGAUCCGGAUCAAGGAGGAGCCCCCCAGCCCCACGCGGAGCCCGCCGGCCGAGGAGCCCCGCAGCGCCGGCACUCCCGGCAAUCCCGGCAAUCCCGGCAAUCCCGGCACUCCCGGCACUCCCGGCAAUCCCGGCAAUCCCGGCAAUGCCGAGACGCCCCUGUCCCCCUCCACCUUCAUCGACUCCAUCCUGCGGGAGAGCGACUCCGGAGCCGCUCCCGGGAAUCCCCAGUCCCAGGAAAAGUGCCUGAGCGUCGCCUGCCUUGACAACUCUUCAGCCCGUCGGUGGCGGUGCCGGACGAUAAACCCAGCCCUGCUCGACCUCUUCAGCCCGUCGGUGGCGGUGCCGGACGUGACCCUGCCCGACCUGGACAGCAGCCUGGCCAGCAUCCAGGAUCUCCUCUCGAACCAGGAGCAGCAGAAACCGACGGAGACCGAGCCCGGCGCGGGGGACUCCGGGAAGCAGCUCGUUCCCUGCAAAGUCCAGCCGCUGUUCCUGGUGGACUCCAGCGCCGUGGACGUGGCGUCCGGGGACCUUCCCAUCUUCUUCGAGCUGGGCGAGGGGCCGGGCUUCCCGGACGGGGACGAGUACCCCGAGGAGUACCCCGAGGAGCACCCCCGGGAGCACCCCCGGGAGCACCCCCGGGACCCCGCGCUGCUGCCGCGGCCGCCCAAGGACCCGGCCGUGUCCUAAAACCGGGACCGGGACAGGGACAGGGACACGAUCCCAAAAAACUGGGGGGCCCAAAAAACCAGGGUCCCAAAAAACAGGGAUCCCAAAAAACCAGGGAUCCCAAAACACCAGGAUCCCAAAACACCAGGGUCCCAAAAAACCAGGGGUCCCAAAACACCAGGGAUCCUAAAACCAGGGAUCCCAAAAAAACAGGGAUCCCAAAACACCAGGGAUCCCAAAAACCCACGGAUGGGGAAAGGGAAGGAAGCCCCAGAGACUCGUCCUGCUUCUCGCACACAGCCCGGAGCCGCCGCUCCCUCGGAGCGCCCCGGGGGAUCCCGGGAAUUCCGGGGGAUCCCAGAGGAUCCUGGCACAUCCUGGACCAUCCCAGAGGAUCCUGGGGGAUCCUGAAUCGUCCCGGGGGAUCCUAAAUCAUCCUGGAGCAUCCCAGGGGAUUCUGGAGGAUCCUGAACCAUCCCAGGGAAUCCUGGAGCAUCCCAGAGGAUCCUGGGGGAUCCUGAAUCGUCCCGGGGGAUCCUAAAUCAUCCUGGAGCAUCCCAGGGGAUUCUGGAGGAUCCUGAACCAUCCCAGGGAAUCCUGGAGCAUCCCAGAGGAUCCUGGGGGAUCCUGAAUCAUCCUGGAGGAUCCUAAAUCGUCCUGGAGAAUCCCAGAAUUCUGGAGGAUCCUGAAUCACCCUGGAGAAUCCUGGGGGAUCCUAAAUCAUCCUGGAGAAUCCUAAAUCAUCCUGGAGAAUCCCAGAGCGUCCUGAGGAAUCCUGGAGGAUCCCAAAUCAUCCCGAGGAGUCCUGGAGGAUCCCAAAUCAUCCCGAGGAGUCCUGGAGGAUCCUAAAUCAUCCUGGAGCAUCCCAGGGAAUCCCGGAGCAUCCCGGGAAUCCUGGAGGAUCCCGGAGAAUUCCGGGAAAUCCCAGAGGAUCCUGGACCAUCCCAGGGAAUCCUGGAGCAUCCCGGAGAAUUCCGGAGGAUCCCAGAUCAUCCCAGGAAAUCACAGAGGAUCCCAGAAAAUCGUGGAGCAUCAGAAGGGAUCCCAGAAGAUCCCAGAAAAUCGUGGAGCAUCCUGGUGGAUCCCAAAUCAUCCUGAGGAAUCCUGGAGCAUUCCAGGAGAUCCCAAAGUAUCCCGGAGGAUCCCAGGGAUCCGUGGGAUCCAGAGAGUGACGGAGCCCCGGGAUCUGGGCGAGCAGAAAUCCAGGGAUCCCCAAAUCCCGGAAUAUCCCAGGAAAAAACUGCACCGAAA